GGGCGUGCGCCGUGCGGCCGGGCCGGGCCAUGACGGGCGAGGCCGUGCGGGAGCUGCUGCAGCGGCUGCGGGAGCUGCAGAGCGAGCGGGUCGAGACGUACCGGCUCUUCGAGGAGGGCCACCGGGCGUACCUGAGCAGUGCCCCCCACUAUGACUUCCCGCGGUACCGGCAGCUGGUGCACGAGGUCACCGUGGCCUUCAGUGGCAUCUCCCGGGAGGUGCUGGACAUCGCCGGGCGCCUGCGGGACGAGCUCGGCCGCCCCGACCUGGCGCAGCACCUGGCCCGUCUCCAGGACAGGGAGCAGGAGAAGCUGCAGCUGACGGCACAGCUGCAGCUGGCCCGGCAGCAGGCUCAGGACCAGCCCGAGGUGGACGCCCAUCAGCAGGAGGUGCAGGAGCUCAAGCACAAGCUAAUUAAAACCAUUGAGGCAAUCAGCGAAAUUCUCCAGGACCUUAAGUACGAUUCGGAAGAAGUUGAGUGAUGGGUGUCCCCGUGGGAACGGCUGGAGGGGCCGGGCUGGUGGAACGGGGGCCCCGCUCAUCCCCCACCCGCUCCCGGUGCACCUUGGCAAGGUGGGCAUUGUCCUCUGGGCCCCUUUUCUGGACAACCGGCUGGAAGGGGUGGAGAAGCUCCCUCUGGGACAAGAGGGGUCCCCCUAAAUCCUGAGUACCCCUCAGCAGAGGGGUCCGGCGUGGGGCUGGUUCCCCUCCCCUCCAAAGGCAAACCACACCGUGCAGUGCCAAGGGGCUGCCGUGCUGGGCCUCCAUCGAGCUGGGCACUGUCCCUGCUGCCAGCUGGAGUCCCAUGGGCAGCAGCCCCCCUAAACCACACCUGGGAGACCGGCUGUGCCCCCAGCCCCACUGCAGCUCCACGAGCUCUUUUUCUAUGGUCACCCCAAAUAAACCUGUCCCCAC